GCGCAUGACGUCAGGCCAAUGGCGAGCGGGCUGAGUUGGAGCAGAGAAGUUUGAGUAAGAGAUAAGGGCGAGGCGAGCGCCUGAGCCGCCAGCGCCCAGUCCGGCACCGCCGCGCCGCCGCACCGCACCGAAACGCACCGCACCACGCCGCGCCGCGCCGCACAGCGCAGUUACCGCACCGCGCGGCCGGACCCCGCCGCGCACCCGGCGCCGCGCGCCCCAUUCUCUCUCCGCAGCCCUGACAGUAUCUCCCACGCCGCGACAGCUCUCAAACCUACUUUGGGGUCUUAAAACGAAACCGUACACCAUUUCACUGUGGACAUUACACCCUCUUACAGAUAUGGGAGACAUGGGAGACCCACCAAAAAAAAAACGCCUGAUUUCCCUAUGUGUUGGUUGCGGCAAUCAAAUUCACGAUCAGUAUAUUCUAAGGGUUUCUCCGGAUUUGGAAUGGCAUGCGGCGUGUUUGAAGUGUGCAGAGUGUAAUCAGUAUUUGGACGAGACCUGUACGUGCUUUGUUAGGGAUGGCAAAACCUACUGUAAAAGAGAUUAUAUCAGGUUAUACGGCAUCAAGUGUGCCAAGUGCAGCAUCGGCUUCAGCAAGAAUGACUUCGUGAUGCGCGCCCGCGCCAAGGUGUACCACAUCGAGUGUUUCCGCUGCGUGGCCUGCAGCCGCCAGCUCAUCCCCGGUGAUGAAUUCGCUCUGCGGGAGGACGGCCUCUUCUGCAGGGCGGACCACGACGUGGUGGAGCGGGCCAGCCUGGGCGCCGGGGACCCCCUCAGCCCCCUGCACCCCUCCCGGCCGCUGCAGAUGGCAGAACCUAUCUCUGCCAGACAGCCAGCUCUGCGACCCCACGUCCACAAGCAGCCCGAGAAGACUACCCGAGUCCGGACUGUCCUCAACGAAAAACAGCUUCACACCUUGAGGACCUGCUAUGCUGCCAACCCCAGACCUGACGCCCUCAUGAAGGAGCAACUGGUGGAAAUGACUGGCCUCAGCCCGAGGGUUAUCAGGGUUUGGUUUCAAAACAAGCGGUGCAAGGACAAAAAGAGAAGCAUCAUGAUGAAGCAACUUCAGCAACAGCAACCAAAUGACAAAACUAAUAUCCAAGGGAUGACAGGAACUCCGAUGGUGGCUGCUAGUCCAGAGAGACAUGACGGUGGUUUACAGGCGAACCCGGUGGAGGUGCAGAGUUACCAGCCGCCCUGGAAAGUCCUGAGUGACUUCGCGUUGCAGAGUGACAUAGACCAACCUGCUUUUCAGCAGCUAGUUAAUUUCUCAGAGGGAGGACCAGGUUCCAACUCUACUGGAAGUGAAGUAGCAUCUAUGUCCUCUCAGCUCCCAGAUACACCCAACAGCAUGGUAGCCAGCCCUAUUGAGGCAUGAAGAACGUUCACUCAGAUUUCUGUUGUUGUUGUUUCUGCCCUUGCCCUCACCUCUGUUGGAGAGAGUGGGAAAAUGAUCGCAUUGGGACUCUGAAAUUUAGUGGGGAAAAGUAUUUAACAUCCCUGUAAAGGAACCACUCCAUGAAAUGAAUGGAAUCAUGUUUGAAAAGACAAGGUAAUAUGGUAGCAACACUGUGAAGACAAUCAUGGGAUCUUACUAGAAUAAAUAUUAAAACAACAACAACAACAAACAACAACAAACAACAACAACAAAAGCAAAACAAAACAAAAAAAAAGAAAACAAAAACAAAAAAAAACACUAUUCAGUGUUCUUAAGGGGAUAAAAAAAAAAAGACAUUUUCAAAACGUAGAGGAUUUGUACUCAUGGAUCUCAGAGAAAAAAAAAAUACGUGAAAAAAAAUUAUCUUUUCCUUUGACUGCACAUCUUAGAGAGAAACCAAGGUAGAGGGACUUUCUAUCGAGUCCUUCCUAAUCCGAAUGGUGCUGUUUCUAUAUUGGUCAUUGCCUUGCCAAAAGGAGCUCCAGUAGGUUUUCCAUCAUCAGGAAAGAGACGAUUUAGCCCUGCAUUGUUGAAAGAUUAAUUGCAGGAAGGUGGAGCUGCAUUGGUUUGCAAUGUUGUUUUUAGUUGACUCUUAACAAGGGGUUGUUUCCUGGGUCUCUUAUAGCAUGUACUGUAGCGGAGUUUUGUUUUUGUUUGGUUGAGAUCCAUCCUCUAUCAAGUCUGAAGCGAUUAAAAAUAGGUUUUUGAAUUAUUCUUUAAAAACCAAUUUAUAAAAGCAUUGCAACAAGGUAUACCUCUAUUUUGCCACAAAGCGUCUCGGGAUUGUGUUUGACAUGUGUCCGUCCAAGAACCUUCCCCUCCCCCAAAGAUGUGUAUAGUUAUUGGUUAAAACGACUGUUUUCCCUCUUUCCCUCUCUUUCCCUCUCUUUCCCUCUCUUUCCCUCUCUUUCCCUCUCUUUCCCUCUCUCUAAGUAAAUAAAUAAACAGAAAAAAAGCAAAAAAAAAGUAAAAGAAAAGGAAAAGGAAAAAAACACCAACCUUUUUUGUUUGCUCUUGCAUUGCAAAAUUAUAAAGUAAUUUAUUAUUUAUUAUCGGAAGACUUGCCACUUUUCAUGUCAUUUGAUUCUAUUUUUUUUGUUUGCUGAAGUAAAAGAAAAAAAAAGAAAAAAAAAGAAAAGGUUGUACCGUGGUCUUUGAAUUAUAUGUCUAAUUCUAUGUGGUUUUGUCUUUUUUUUUUUUUUCCUUAAAUAUUAUGUGAAAUAAAAGCGCCAUAUGUAGAAUUAUUAUAUCUUCAGGACUAUUUCACUAAAUAAGCGUUUGGAAUAGAGAAAAUAAUAAUAUUAAUAUUAAAUAAUGAACAAAGUUCCCUCUUAAAUAUUUGCAAGUUAGCAGCUAAAAUACCUGAAAUAAAAUAUUGCAUGCAAAGCCUGUCAUUAGUGAAUACAAGGAGUGUGAUAUUUUAUUACAAGUAUUAAUGACCGGCUUGUAAAUUUCCGUUUCAACAACUAUAUCAGGGCUAGUUGGAUGCCUUAGCUUUCAAUCGAUAACAUUAGAAACUCUCUUGUUCUCCCCCUCCCCCUAUCCUUUACCUUUAAAAGUGAUAUUACUCUAGGCAUGAUCUGACAUAAUGUUAAGACGUCUAAAGAACCGGGAGCUCAGGCUUUUUUCUGAGUUCUAUUAUUUUUUAAAAAUAAUAAAAAGAAAGUGCUGUAUACCAAAGCCUCGUUGUUGAGAUUGUUAAAGUGACCUGUACUUUAAGUAUAAGCUCCUGAUAAAAGGGACGCUUUUUGCUUAACAAGUCAAGUAUGACCAUUAUUUAUCAGUGUCUGCUGUCAAAACGAUUGAAAAAAAUGCUGCAGAAGGAGUAGAAUGAGGGAUAUUGCUGUGAAAUUGCACGAUCGGUAUUCCUUAUUUUCUGUCGACUUCCCUCUCUUCACUCCCUCUUUUCUUCCUUUUUUAAUUUGCGGGGGAGAGGGUGGUGAAAGCUAGAAACGUGGGCGAGUUCUUGGGGAAAAGUAGAAAGAAGAAAAAAGUAUUGGAAAGGGUUGUUUUUGCUCCAAUUCAAGUGUUCCCUAGUGCUCCUGGCCAGCACAAGACAAACGCUCACUUUAAAAAAUCCUUAAAGACUGGAAUAUACAGAGAUUUUUAGUGUGACAAGGACAAGUUGGUUUGCAUGAUAGUUACUCCAAAGCCUAAUGUUUUCUUAACAUAACCUUCUUUUUCCUCCCUCCUCCCUAUCUCAGUCCACUCUGAGCAAGCUCAGCUAUAGAGAUAAACCAUUUCGUCAGUAGAAAAUAAAAUAAAAUAAUAAUAAUAAUAAUAAAGUUUAAAAGCCUCAUACAAGGAUUUCAAUCAUCCUGAUUAGAAACUGGAUUCAUUUUGUAUGCUCAAGUGUAAUACAUUUUUGAGUACUUGAUAAAUAUUUAAAUAAAUAUGAAAUCUACCUUAAACUGUGUGACCAGUAA